GAGGAGCCAAUGAGCAGUGAGUGUUGUGAUGUGUCUCCAUGGUAACGUGUUGUUAGCAACAGUUGUGUUUGGAUCAGUCAUGGAGCAGCAGAGAGUUCAGACCUGCGACGUUUACAGAACUGACCCGAACCUGCCGCACAGGUUCAACAACCCGGACUCCUUCCAGGGCUACAGUCAGAACUUCACUCACCCACUUUAUCGAACGUCAAACCAAACGUACGGCAGCAAGAAGCCAACCGUCCACGAGAUGCAGACCCAGUUCAAAGGGAGCUCCCGUCAGUUCUCGGAGGCGCUGCUGCAGAGCGGGAUGUUCCGCGAUCACGGCUUCAACACGUCUGUGGAGAGGAGCAGGGUGAUGGUUUCCACGGCAACCCAGAGCAACAGAGUUAACCUCCAUCGCUGCUAUCACCACGGAAACCAAAGCAACAACCGCGACGGAGACGCCGAGUAACGACACAGCGAGACGUUUGUUCCAAUAAAAAUCUAAAGUCAUAAA